GAAAAAGGGGAGGUCACACGUCCAAUCUACGAGUCCAACACGGCCGCUGCUUUCCCAGUGAUCAGCAUCUGAGAUCAUCCCGCCUCUUGGCCUGAUCUGCCUGCCAAUGAAGCCAUCAACGUCAGCUCUCCCCAGCUCUUUCAUCGCAGCAGCGGUGGUGCUACUGCUGCUGCAGCUGGAAGCAUUCGCUGUGCAAGGUUUCCGUCCCCUCUCUGCUUUCGCCCCUCUGCUGUCUUCCCCAUCCCUGCUUGAGAGGAGGGCACACAGAUCAUCGUCACUGAGGGCCACUGCUGCCUUGGCCGAACCGCAGACGACCAUGGAGCUGCAGGGAGGAGGGGGACUGAGGGAGGUCGACGACUUUUAUGAAUUCCAGGUGACCUCUCCCGCACACUCACACAGACUCGUGACUCUCCGUUCGUAUGUGUGUGUGGCUGCCUGCCUGCCUCAUCUCAUUCCCUCCUUCCCUCAGGACAAGGUGAUGAGUGACACCAAGAAGAACAGCGGUCUGGUGCAGUGCGUGUGCCACUCGAUGGCCUGGUCCAAGCCAUGCCACUACUUCAAACCCAAGUUCAAAGACAUGGCCGAACAGUCCCAAUACGACAACGUCGAGUGGUAUUGGGUCGAGGGCACCGACAGCGCCUCCACCCGCCGCAUCCUCACCACACUGGGAAUCACCAGCGUCCCGGUGGUGCAGAUAUGGAAGGACGGCCAGAUGCUCGACGGCGUCCUCGGCAAGGUGCCACAAGUGGUCGAGCAGAUGGUCCAGAGGUGGGCGGAGGCCGACAGCAACGGGGAGGAUCUCACCGAAGUGCCCAAGACGGAGCAGCCGAGGCUAGUCGAGAAGACCAACGUCGGGGAGGCGUGAAGGAAGGCGUGUGGGGUGGUGUCCGGGUUGCUUUUCAAAGCCUAGUUGUUAUGGCGCCUGAGGAAGGAAGGAGAGGGGUCUAAGACCUUAAGGCUCUCUUUGUCUCUUUGCCUCCGUGUGUGUGUGUCUUGCUGGUCUAGCCAGCUGCUAUCUGCUCUGCGUGAGUGAGAAGCGGAGGUGCACGUCCGUUGAUGUGUGUAUGCGUUGUGCCGCUGCCAGCUGGUGUGGAAUGACGGUACAGAAUACUGUCACCAACCACACAAUGCACUCAUGGCAUGGCAUGUACGUGUCCAUCCGCCCCCCCGUACGCGGAGAAGAGCGAUUUGACUGACUCUCUCUCAUCGUGUGCAUGCUGGAUGACUCAUGACCGACUGAUGAGUGAACGUCACUUUCCCACACGUCAGUCACUUGACGCCACAGACAGACAGACCAAGUGGGCCGCCGAGCCACUUGUCAGUCAGUUCUAAUGGCCGCCGGGGAUCCAAUUGCCCUAUCC